GCGGCCCGGGUAGCUCCGCCAGCUUCCCAGUGACGCAGACUCGGCCCACUUUCAAGCUUCCUCCACCUGCAUCUGGUGCUGCCUCAGCUCACAACCAGACUAACACAACACCACCUCCAACACAUCACAUCACCUCACCUCACUCGACUCCAGUCCCGCAUAGCUCUCAUCCCAUUAUCCCCUCACAAUGCUUCGCCAGACCAUCACCAAGAGCGGCCUUGCCGGCUCUGCCCCUCGCCGCGCCUUCUCGACCACUAUCCGCGCCAUGGCCAGUGGCGACACCGGUGCUCCGUCCAAGUACGGUGCCGCCAGCAGCGACGCCUUCCAGAAGCGCGAAAAGGCCAACGAGGACUACGCCAUCCGCCAGCGCGAGAAGGAGAAGCUCCUGGAGCUCAAAAAGAAGCUCGCCGAGCAGCAGGCCCACCUCAAGAAGCUGUCCGACCACAUUGACGAGAUCACCAAGGAGCAGGGCGGCGAGCACAACUAGAUGCCAUGGCAUGGCAAAAGGCGUGCAAAAAAAACGGAAAAACACAAAGUUGUGGCAGACGGCGCCCACGGCCGCGAAGAAAAGCCUGGUUACAGCGACGUGGUAGAUGUUGCUUAUCGGAGCUACCCUCUCUCCACUCACAAUCUCAUCCACGAAAAUCAACCUCACGAUGCCAUGUACUUCUAGGAAAUAACCACAUAUAGCAACUACUGGUCGGAUCAGAAGCAGCAAAGCAAACUAGUGAAUAUGCAGCAUGUGUGGAACAUGUCAAUUUCAAACAAGGUCAAUAGCAUGGAUUGAGGGCAAAUUAUCACGGCGGAAGACUUCCACUCUAUGCGACGUGCUGGCCAUCGGUGGCUGCCUGCUUGAGUAGAAGCAAACGUGAUAUCACGAGCACCGAAGCCGUGGGUCAAAAUUUCAACGUGUACAAAACGAAAGGCCACGGCCGGGUUUUGCCCGAGCCUUCCGU